UUGUUAUUCCCGGAAGAAGACCCAGGGAAAGCACUGAACUGCGUCAACAAUAGUUUCUUCUAAUCAUUUGGAUUUCCGCUGGGCUUCAGAAUGUCAGCAAGCAACUGCUGAAUGAUUAAUGGCACUGAUCUUGGAUAGAACUUCAUUGAGCAACAACAUGGACACAUCAAAUUUUGCCCACGUGGUCUUCCAAAAUGUUGGGAAGAGUUAUCUGCCCCACGCAGCUCUGGAGUGUCACUACACCCUGACGCAGUUUAUCAUACCACAUCCAAAGGACUGGGUUGGCAUAUUUAAGGUUGGUUGGAGCACGGCGAGGGACUAUUAUACAUUCUUGUGGUCUCCUCUCCCCGAGAACCAUGUGGAGGGAACUGCAGUCAACCGAACCGUGGUCUUUCAAGGAUACUAUGUGCCAAACGACGACGGCGAGUUCUACCAGUUUUGUUACGUGACCCACAAAGGUGAGAUCCGUGGCGCAAGCACGCCGUUCCUGUUCCGCGCCAGCAGCCCCACAGAGGACGAGCUGCUGACAGUGGAGGACGAAUGCAACUCGGACAUCCUUGUAGUCACCACCAAAGCCAGCUUCCUUGAGCAAAAGGUGGAAGAAGCACAGCGAGAGAAAGAUGAGCUCCUCAAAAACAUGGCUGUCCUUGAGCAGGAGAAAGAGCAACUGCAAGCUGAGAUGGAAGCCCUGCAGAAGGAGUGUGAACAACAGAAGGAGACCUGCACCCAGCUGAGAAGAGAGAACCAAGAAGUGCAGCAUUCUUCCCAAGCCCUGCUGGAGGAGAAAGAGGAGGUCAAGAGGAGACUGGAGGAGGCCACAGCUAGAAUUGUACAGUUAGAGGAAGAUCUCAUUGGGGUCACUCAGAAAGGCCUUCAAAAGGAAACUGAGUUAGACGGCCUUAAAGAUAAAGUGAAGAAACUCACAACAGAGAAGGAGGCUCUUGAAAUUCACCUAAAGAACGAGAAAGAUGAGAAGGAGCUUUACAAGAUUCACCUGAAGAACCGGGAGCUGGAGAACACUAAGCUGAGUGCAGAGAUGCAGAUGCUGAAGUCUGUAGAUGUGAACAAGGAAAACACCAUAGCUCAGUUUAAAGAGGAGGUGGGACGCUUGCAGGCAUGCCUCACAGAGAAGGAGAAACAGCACAGGGACAUCCUGGCCAGAGUUACCCCCUUGGGUGAAAUGAAGGCUCUGAAGGAGCAGCUUCGACAGAAAGAGGAGCAGCUCCAGGCCACACAGCAGCAGUCGUCUUUGUUGGCGGCUGAAUUAAGAGACGCGUCCAGCGCACGUGACCGCACCAUGUCUGAACUGUACCAGAUGAAGCUGGAGGCAGAUGCCCUCCGCCAGGCCAAAGCUGACGCUCAGUCGCAGUGCGUCCACCUGGAGGCCCAGGUGGAGCAGUUGAAGGCAGAGGCCAAACAGGAAGCGGCCAAAGAAGAAGGAGAAGCUGCGGCAGACCUGGCUGUGGCAGCGGAGCUGCAGAGAGAGGUGGAGGACUUAAAGCUGCGGCUGCACAUGGCCGCAGAGCACUACAAGGACAAAUACAAGGAAUGCCAGAGACUGCAGAAGCAAGUGCUUAAACUGUCUGACCAGCAAGGGGAGCCAAAGAAAAUCUCAGCACAAGAUGUUCCCAUGGUUCUUGCAACAGGAAGUCCAGACACAUCAGUUCCAGGAAGUCCAGGUUCUGCUGAUCCCAUGCUGGAAGCAAUCAUCCAAGAGAAGCUGAAAGGCAUCAGCAGAGAGGCGUCUGACAGGAAUGACAAGUACAGGAAAUACAAGCAGAUGCUGAUGGAGGAAAAGGAGCGUAGUUGCAUGUUUGUUGAUGAACUGGCUAAGAUGGAGGCGAAAUUUAAGGAGCAGCUGAAGAUCAACGAGAACCUGAAAUUGCAGCUGGCAGCAGAAGAAGAUCGUUACAAGAGUCAGGUAGCUGAGAAGGGACGAGAGCUGAAAGAAUUGAAGGACACACUCGGGCUGAUUCUGAAGGAGAAGGAAAAACUGGAGAUGGAGGCACAAAGUGGUAGCAGUAGAAAAGGAGAACAGGGGGCAAAGGAGAAAAGCAGUCUGGAGGAGCUCCAGACUAGCGUGCCUCUGUUCCUGCAGUACCCUGUUCCUUACACCCAGGACACCCCCACCCCUCUGCUGGUUUCUCAGAGCCCCAGCAAGCUGCACUUUGGGAACCCGUAUUCCAUCUUGGAUUCAAAAGACGAGACGGAAGAGGAGUUCUCCAACGAGCAGCUCAGGCUCCCACCCGUGGGCCCUCCCUCCUGGGACAGCAACGUGGUGUGCAUCCAACCCACCCGCAACCCCAGCCGGCCUGAGGGCCAUAAAGAGUCGGAGGAAAACAACAAUGUUAAUACCAAUGAAAAGCCCACUGCAGCAGAAACUCGGAGCCCAUUUGUGAAUGAUGGACAGGCAGCCUUCUGCUUUGACCCCAGCAUGGACAUGAAGCGAUGCCCCCUCUGUGAGGUCAUCUUCCCGCCGAACUACGACCAGAGCAAAUUCGAGGAGCACGUGGAGAGCCACUGGAAAAUCUGCCCGAUGUGCAGCGAGCAGUUCCCGCUGGACUGCGACCAGAAGGUGUUUGAGAACCACGUGCUCACCCACUUUGACGGCCAGCCGCUCAACUUUGACUAGAGAGACGGAGAGAAUCAGAACAUCCGUCUGUCCAGUUACUGUCUACCACUGAAAUUAUUCACUCUCUUUCUGCAUGUACUGGUAUGGCAAUCCUGUCUUUAGGACUAUACUGCCUUUCCUUUUCUUACUUUAAGAAGCAGUUUGAGGUCAUACUUUGAAUUACUUAAUUGUGUAUGCAGGGCUUCUGAGUCUGUUUUCUGUUUAAUUAUAAAAGCUAAAACGUUUUCCUUUAUUUGAAUUUAAGAAUCAUUGUAGAGGGUAAGGAUUGUGUGAUGUGUAACUGGACGAUUUUAAAUGGUUUUGGCUCCCACAGAUCUUUUAGGCUACAGGUUGUAUUUCAAAUCAGGGAAAAGAGAUAUGUGUUUACCAGACUUGCAAUUAAACACACAGAUACUUUCUUCUUAAACAUUAAUGUACAAAUGUACAAAGCAGAGAUGCAUUGGUUCACUUUACACAGUCAGGGAUAAAUCUUCAGUGAUUAUAUCCAUACCAGAUUUUUUCAAAUCAUCUAUUUUUAGCAUAACUGGUUUAGAUUUGUUUCCUUCUGUUAAAAAUCUCAGCUUCUUUGCAUACAAAAAAUAAAAUUCUAAAUAUUUUCAUAUCAUCAGCUAAUCCGUGCAUGCAGAGCUUCUGUUGAACUUUCUCCUUUUUCUUUUCCAAUAUUAAAUUAUUUCAUUUAGAGAACUGUUUUCAUUAGUUUUGUGAGUUUCAUGUAUAAUAAAAACAACUAAUAAAGUCUCUUAAAACUU